AUGGUGGAUGAUUUGAAGGCACAGUUGCGGUAUAUUGAGGACUACAAUGAGUUGGAGAGUCGGAGAAGGGAGGAGUCCACCAUGGAGAGUCUCAACAAGGCAUCCAAAUGCAAGGCACGUUUUUCUCAGCCGGAGUAUUUGGAGAUGAAGAAAAAAGUGAAAAAGUGGAGACAGGAGAAUGAGGAUCAGUGGUGUCGCAAAUCGACAUACACAUUACGAUACUACUUUCCUGAUGAUUUCGCGUUUAACAAAAAAAUAUCUCUGAUUACAAAACUCUUCCAACGUGAAGUCUUAGGAGAGGAGAAAAUAAAAGAAAUUAUUUCCCAUCGCCCUCUCAAAGUGUACUGGGGAACCGCCACCACAGGGAAACCCCACAUUGGCUAUUUUGUGCCACUAGUAAAAAUAGCACAACUCCUCAAAGCGGGCUGCCAAGUGACUAUUCUCUUGGCAGAUCUCCACGCUGUUCUCGAUAACCUGAAGGCCGGUUGGGACCUGGUCAACCACCGAGUGGAUUACUACCGGGAGGUGAUAUCCGCAGUCAUGUCCUCGUUGGGAAUCCCCACCGACGACCUCGUUUUUGUGAAGGGCACUGACUACCAAUUGGACAGGUCGAGUAAUUUUGACUACAAUAGGAAUUAUGUGAUUGAUAUGUUUAAAAUGACCACUUUGGUGACUCAACACGAUGCCAGGAAGGCAGGAAGUGAGGUGGUCAAACAAGUGGACUAUCCUCUCCUUGGGGGAUUGCUCUAUCCCUGUCUUCAGGCACUCGAUGAAGAAUAUCUCAAAGUGGAUGCUCAGUUCGGGGGAGUCGAUCAAAGAAAGAUUUUUACAUUUGCGGAAAAGUACCUCCCACAGUUGGGAUGUGCCAAGAGAGCUCAUUUGAUGAAUCCAAUGGGUCACUAUUUCCCCCUCAUUAUAGUUCCUGGACUGACGGGGGGCAAAAUGAGUGCUUCAGACAUUGAUUCUAAAAUUGACUUUCUUGACCCACCCAAAGUGGUUCAAAAUAAAAUCAGGAAGGCUUUCUGUAUGCCGGGGUCACUCGAGGACAACGGAGUCCUCGCAUUCCUUAAAAUGGUCGUGUUUCCAGUCCUCGACUUUAAAUCUGUCAAAGUCUUCUCCGUUGAGUCUCCUGAAUUGGGGACUGUCGAGUACUUGUCCUACGAGCAGGUUGAGGAGGACUUUUUGUCUCUUAAACUUCACCCUGCCGAUGUCAAGGCUGCACUCUCACGGGAAAUAAAUUAUCUUCUUGCCCCAAUUCUAAAGGCGUUUGAGUCGCCAAAAAUGCAGAAGAUUGUCACCUCGGCGUAUCCUGGUGAUAAUAAAGCACGUGUGGUGACCCCUACCGUGGAAUCCGUUGUUUCUGACCCCACUGUCUGCGAUUUCCGUGUUGGGAAAAUUAUUUCCGUCAAAAAAAACGCGGAUUCGUUAUUUGUGGAGAGGGUAGACGUGGGGGGAGGCCGAAUACUCACAAUUUGUUCCUCGUUGGUGAAUUCGUGCACUGAAGAGGAAUUGUCGGGAAAUAAUUUUGUGUUUUUGGUGAAUUUGAAGCCGGCGAAUUUGCGGGGGAUUAUGUCUGAGGGGAUGAUUAUGUGUGCUAAGGGAAAGAGGGAUGAUUCAGAGGAGAGGGAGACGUUUGAUAAUUUACAGCGAGAACUUGAAAAGUUAAGAAAAUAUGAUUUGCUCGCUAAUGAAUUAUCCCUGAUUCACAAGGCCAAAGUGAAUAUAAUUCCUGUUGUCCUUACAUGGGAUGGCAUUGUGUCUAAAUAUUUUAAAAAAUAUUUGGACUCGAUCAGAGUGAGGGAGCAUCUGAUUGCUUAUAUGCAAUCAAUUGUGCUUAAGCGUACGAUGGAGAGCACUGUGCUGGACUUUCGGAGAGGUCUUUCGCAAAUGGAUUAUGAAGCCCGGGUUGAGGAGGUACUCUCAAAAUACGAGGAAGCUAACGGGAUCGGUGACCGAGAGAUCGCGGUGCGUCGACUUGUCGAGGAUGCCUACCAUGUUUUUUUCUGGAUGGUUCGAAACGAGUUAAAAUUGACGGAAGUGUGGGCAUUGGGAUGA